AGAAGCUGCAAUUGAUUGUUACAGGCAUAUGAAUGGCACAUUUCAGACAACAAGAUUUACACAACUUAUUUGGCCUUUCCCCUUUUCAUACAGCUUGUGUUUCAUAGUGUACAGAGCCAAUGAGACACUGCACUGCCGUAUUGGUACAGCGGUACAGUAUAAUUGGAUAAUGUGGCCAUUCAACUUAAAACCAUCUUCGUGCCUCUUGUUAAACAACCAAAGUAUUUACUGCAUAGAUGAGCACCAAACACUCUAUAAUAAUGAUUCAAAAGUAGUUCCUCCACUUCAAUGGUCAUAUGAAUUAGUUCUUAUUGAGUGGCCUUUCCCAUUUUCAUUUUUAUGUCGCAUGUAUAACAAUGAGACACUGUAUUGUUACCCUUAUCAAAGAGGUGGAUUAUUUCGUAGUAUAAUACUAAAGUGGCCGUUCUCAUUCAUUUCUUUUAAAACCUGUGACUAUAAUAAUGCCUUUAGCUUGACUUGCUAUAUUCAGAGGAAUCCAAAAAUAUCUACUAAACUAGCAAAGUUGAAUUGGCCCUUCAGGACUGUGGCAAUUAUUUGGCCCUUCACAUUUUCUCCUCUUAGAUGCCGUCCAGGCCAGAACAAAACUCUUUAUUGUCCAAUACUGCGACAGUUUCAACAUCACUAUGCACAACUUCAAUGGCCAUUCCCAUUCUCUCCCUAUCACUGUAUAUACAGACGAAGAGGCAUGCUACAUUGCUACUUGAAGAGUAAUGUUACUUUGGUAGAGUCAACCCCAUUGACAUGGUCAUUUGAUGUAUUUGAGUUAAAAUGGCCCUUUCCAUUUGCUCUAAGAUACUGUAAUAAUAUACAGACUGACCAAACAAUUCUUUGUUACAGAUCAUCAAAGGGUGAGCUGUUUGUGAAACUUGAAGUUCAAUGGAACUUUCCCUUUCCAUUAGCAGCAUGUGUGCUGGAUUAUACAAGACAUCAGCUCACUUGUUACAUGAACACAAUGUCAAAUAAAUCUAUUACUGCUCAUACUGGAUUGGAGGCAUCAAAAUGGUUGUUCAGGACAGUUUCAGUAAAAUGGCCUUUUUUAUUUUCACCUUUAAUGUGUAAUUUAUUUACAAAGGCCACUGGUGAUGAAGUGUUCUUUUACUGCAUAAAUACUCAUGGCAAUAAAACAAUUGCACAUUAUUGGCCAUUUGAGUUCUCUCCAUAUCAGUGCA